ACUUUAGAGAAAAUUUAUCAUGUAUCGAUAUAAUGAUUAGUUUUAAUAAUGAAACCCUUAAGCCACUCGGGCAAUUUUUAAUUUUUCCUGAAAUUAUUGAAGAAGGUUUACCGAACGUGAACUAUAGAUAUAUGGAAAAUAAACUAUAUUCAGUAGUUCCUUCAGUAUUUUCAAGUUGGGAUUUAAGUGUCGAGUUAGAUAUCAAGGGCAACAUAUUUUCUUCACCAUAUAUAGACGGCAUAGCAGCAUUAUAUAUUGAAGUAUUUGGAAAAUCACAAUCUUACGAACAACUAAAAGUGGCAUUCAUGAAUAAUGCUAUUCCUUAUAAAGAUCACAAUAAUUUACUAGCUCUGGUAGUUAUCCAAGACGCAGGAUUCGUCGACGCUUUUAAAUUGUUGAAAGCAACCAGCCUUGUCUAUUCACCAAAAAUUAAUUUGAAUGAUACAGUUCAUUUUAAUGAGCAUUAUACAUUAAAAAUCUAUAAUGUUGGAAGAAAGGAGAUGAAAUAUAAAUUAUCACACUCGCCAGCUCCAAAACAAUGUGCUGGUGUUGAAUUUGAUUAUAAUCAAAUUGCUGUGCCACCUAAAUUAAAUGUUGAGGUUUCUGUAACAUUUAUUUUACCAAAUAAAAUACCCAAGGAUUUACAUUUGUUUUAUAGUUGA